AUGGGAGACCCUCAGAAAUCUGAGGACCGCAUGGAGAUCCCUACAGAUCGAUAUCAUAUUCAUACCGGACAACUUGCUGAGGCUACCGACCAAGGACUUUGUCCGGUCAUCCCUGCGUUUGCAAGCUGUGGUGCAGCAUCGUCGCAGACCCCUCCUUCCGCAAGCUCCACGUGGCUCAUUAUGCCGCCGCCGCAUCGUCGGAGCCGGAGGUCCGGCCUGCUCGUCACAGAAACCCGCAAGCCCGGAAGGAGCGACGAUGCCAGUUUCUUCAACCUUUCGUCCGCUACUGCCUUGUCCCAGGUUGCCAUCCCCAGCGGAUACCGCCUCGCCGGCGUCUGCAACGACUGGCUCUGCUUCGCGCUCGACCACGAUCAAGCGCCUGCGGUCGUGUGCAACCCCGUCACUGGCGAGACGCUGCAGCUUCCAAAGGCACCUCCGCUCCCUGCAGGGGACCCCCAGCUGUCGCAUCUCUUCGUGUUAGGGUUGAGCGCAACGACCAAGGAAUACAAGAUGUUCCGGGUUUCCUUCCCACGACGGCACGCAUCCAGAGAGAUGAGACUAACUACAUAG